AUGUUCCACUCGCCCUGCCUACUGCCUACUUCCUACUGCCCUGCCUACUGCCCUGCCUACUGCCCUGCCUACUGCCCUGCCUACUGCCCUGCCUACUGCCCCACCUACUGCCCUGCCUACUGCCCUGCCUACUGCCCUGCCUACUGCCCUGCCUACUGCCCCACCUACUGCCCUGCCUACUGCCCUGCCUACUGCCCUGCCUACUGCCCCACCUACUGCCCUGCCUACUGCCCCACCUACUGCCCCACCUACUGCCCCACCUACUGCCCUGCCUACUGCCCUGCCUACUGCCCCACCUACUGCCCUGCCUACUGCCCUGCCUACUGCCCUGCCUACUGCCCCACCUACUGCCCUGCCUACUGCCCUGCCUACAGCCCCACCUACUGCCCUGCCUACUGCCCUGCCUACUGCCCUGCCUACUGCCCCACCUACUGCCUGCCUACUGCCCUGCCUACGGCCCCACCUACUGCCCUGCAUACUGCCCUGCCUACUGCCCCACCUACUGCCCUGCCUACUGCCCCACCUACUGCCCUGCCUACUGCCCUGCCUACUGCCCUGCCUACUGCCCUGCCUACUGCCCCACCUACUGCCCUGCCUACUGCCCUGCCUACUGCCCCACUUACUGCCCUGCCUACUGCCCUGCCUACUGCCCUGCCUACUGCCCUGCCUACUGCCCUGCCUACUGCCCCACCUACUGCCCCACCUACUGCCCCACCUACUGCCCCACCUACUGCCCUGCCUACUGCCCUGCCUACUGCCCUGCCUACUGCCCCACCUACUGCCCUGCCUACUGCCCCACCUACUGCCCCACCUACUGCCCCACCUACUGCCCCACCUACUGCCCCACCUACUGCCCCACCUACUGCCUACGGCAUUUAA